AAUAAACGAUAAUCAAGUUCGAUUGGGAAUGCGCUAUGCGAUUGAUUAUUCGUAAGCCUUUAAGAUUAGAUAUCUACCAACGAUGGUCGAGACAGUCACGUUAUAAUACGAGUUAUAGCGUUAAAACGUCGAAGAGUGUUACGUAAUAAAAUACGUAACGGAAAAACCGUACUUACAUUUUUAUACCGAACUGUGUGUAUGUGAGAAUUAAUUGUGACGUUGGAUCGUUUAUAACACUAUUAUAAGAAAUGCGAAUGUGACUAACGGUAUACGCGAAGCGCGGAGAGAAAGCGUAUAGGAUUCCAUUCAAGUGAAAGCCAGUCAGUGUGCGAGUCGCCUCGUAUCGCAGUUAUAACCUUAAAAGUUAAAAAUGUUCGUGAUAUCAUCCGUUGCGAUAACAAUAACUGUAGCCACGGCUAUAUACUGGUACGUAAAUAGACAUAAACCUGUCAAGCACCUACUGAGCGAAGCAAGAUACUUCCUAGAUAUGCAAGGAGCUGGUGCAGGCGGACUAAUCGACGAUUGGAUCAGCGUACGGUGGAACAAAAUAGAGUUGCCAGACGCGAAAAAUAAAAUUGCCGUAAUAACUGGAGGCGCUAGAGGUAUUGGCACCGAAGUUGUAAGAGGCCUUCUAAAGUCAAACGUGACUGUUAUAAUGGGAGUAAGAAACCCGGAUUCAGUGAAAUCAAUGGCCAAAUCAAUGGAAAAUGGUGACAAAAUACACGCAUAUAAACUAGACUUGCAAUCCCUGAAAUCUGUUAAAGAUUUUGCUGAUAAUGUACUGGAGAGGUUUCCAGAAAUAGAUCUAUUGGUAAACAAUGCAGGAAUAAUGUUUGGUGAUUACAAACUCACGGAAGAUGGGUUUGAAACACAGUUAGCCGUCAACCACUUGAGUCACUUUUAUCUAACGCAUUUAUUGUUGCCAGCAUUAAAAAAGGGUGGUAAAGUUGAUCCAGCAAGGGUUGUGAGUGUAUCGUCUUGCGGCCAUUAUCCUGGGAAGAUAUAUUUUGAUGAUAUUAAUAUGAAGGAGCACUACAAUACCACCGCUGCAUAUGCACAAUCUAAAUUGGCACAGAUAAUGACAGCAAGGUACCUCAACAGGCUCUUUCAACAAAACAACUAUCCAGUGAAAUGUUACUCUGUCCAUCCAGGCAUUGUUGAUACAGAUCUAUUUGAAAAAUCCAACUUUGCAAAAUUCCCUUUUAUAAAGAAACUUCUUUUUAAAACACCUGAAAAAGGAGCAGUUACAGUGCUAUACGCCUGCUUUAACAAUGAGAUAUUAAAGCAAGGAGGGCUGUACAUUGCAAAUUGUAAAGCAGGUUUCAGUAAUAGAUUUUCAAAAAAUGAAAAACAUCAAGAAAAGUUGUUCAAGUUAUCCUGUGAAUUGGUCGGGAUUGAUGCAGAGAAAUUUGGGAUGUGCUAGGGUCACAAUGUUAAGCGGUGAAAUAGAAAUUUUGCAUGACAAGAAUUAAAUCCAAGACUGUGUUCUAAAUUAUUGGGUGUUCAUUUUGCUCUUUCCUUGAUGGAUGGGUUUUUCACCAAAUAUCUACUGUCAGCACCAAUAAUGCAAUUUUAAGCUCAAAUAAUUAACUUAUUUUAUAU